GCCGGGCCGGGCUCGGCGGCCACGUCCCCGCGGCGCGGAGCGGAGCGGCGGGUCGCGCCGGGGCGGGCGGCAGGCGAUGGCGGCGGGCGGGCUGAGGGGCGGGCGGGCCUUGCGCCCCGCGCCCUGACCUCCCGCGCCAUGCGGCUCUCCUGCAAGGUGGCGGCGGCGCUGCUGUGCCUGGGGAGCCUGCUGCUGCUCUAUCUGCUGGCGGCCGGCGGGCCCGCGCCCCCGCCGCCCGCGCCCUCCCGCCCCGCCGCCCCGCUCGCCCGCCGCCAGCCGCGCCUCAGCCGCAGCCCGCCGCGGAGGAGCCCGCCCGGGGGCAGGCUCGACGGCGCCAGGAAGCCUGGAGAACAGAAACAUUCAAAAGAGCCUUCAUCUUUGCAAUGCAUGCAUCUGGCAGUUGUGGCAUGUGGGGACCGGCUGGAAGAGACACUGAUCAUGCUGAAAUCAGCAGUUCUCUUUAGCAACAGGAGGCUCUGCUUUCACAUUUUUGCUGAGGAUUCCCUUAAGCCUGAAUUUGGGAAAAAGUUAAAGGAAUGGCCUUCCUCAUAUACAAAGAAGUUUGAAUACAACAUCUACCCAAUAACCUUCUCAGUAGGAAAUGCUCAGGAAUGGAAAAAGUUAUUCAAACCAUGUGCUGCCCAGCGCCUUUUUCUUCCGGUCAUUUUAAAGGAUGUGGAUUCUCUCCUUUAUGUGGACACUGAUGUUCUCUUCCUGAGGCCCAUUGAUGACAUCUGGCACAUACUGAAAGAGUUCAACUCGACUCAGCUAGCUGCCAUGGCCCCAGAACAUGAAAUACCAAAGAUUGGCUGGUAUAGUCGAUUUGCACGUCACCCUUAUUAUGGGACAACUGGAAUAAAUUCUGGAGUGAUGCUAAUGAAUUUAACACGGAUACGCAACACUCAGUUCAAGAACAGCAUGAUACCGAGUGGUUUGACUUGGGAAGAAAUGUUGUAUCCAUUAUACCAAAAGUACAAAAAUUAUAUUACAUGGGGAGACCAGGAUUUACUAAAUAUAAUUUUUUACUUUAACCCAGAGUGUCUCUACGUGUUCCCGUGUCAGUGGAACUACCGGCCCGAUCACUGUAUGUAUGGAAGCAACUGUAAAGGUGCAGAAGAAGAAGGUGUCUCUAUUCUGCAUGGAAACAGAGGUGUCUACCAUGAUGACAAACAGCCUACAUUCAAGGCACUCUAUGAAGUGAUACGUGAUUUUCCAUUUGAAGACAAUCUCUUCCAGUCUUUGUACUACCCUCUGCAGUCUAAGUUCCUGGAUACAGUGCACACUUUAUGUGGGAGAAUUCCACAAGUAUUUUUGAAGCAAAUCGAGAAAACUAUGAAGAAGGUGUAUGAAAAUCGUGUCAUUGUCUACUUGGGGGCCAACCAUAGAUACUAAAUAUAGCUAUAUUUUAUGCAGAGGUUUUCAUUCCUGCACUUCCAUCUCAUGAAGCAUAUAAAUGAAGAGUAUGACGUCUUACUCAGACUUAAAAUAUUUUCCAUAUCCAAUUUCCUAAUAACCCCUGAAAUUACAGAACUGGAAGAAAUCCUACAAGUCUACCUGAACUGUCCUUUCUUAGGCCUUCUGUUCUCUUCCUGCAUUUCUCCUGGUUGCAACAGGGAGAGCUGAUGAUUCUCACUUUUCUUGUAUGAGUUUAUUUGGUUAUUGGUUUAAGAACGGCUGUGUUCACUGUAACUUUUUCUGAAGUUGUGCAAAAGCUUGUACUGAUCUUAGCCUUAACAAAGAAGUUACGGUUUGAGCUAUGUAACGUAUACGGAAUAUAACUUGAUAGGGCAAAUAUUCUUGACUGUAAUGAGAAUGCUGAAUUACAGAAAAGAUUAACUCUUGUGAUAGGCUGAGUUAAAAUUUACUUAAGGGAAAGUAUUUGCUUAAAAUUGCACAUCUGUCUGAAGAUAUAUUACCUGCUAUGUGUAGGACCUAAGAUUUCCCUUACUUUAAAAGAUGAGGGGAAUAGAAGCGCCUGUUUGCUUUGUAUUUUACAGCACUUUUUGGCUAGUGAUUGUAAUUUUUCCUCUGUGCUCUUCAGUAGUUUUGUGAGGGCUUCUACUGAAGGAACUAGAAGGAAAAUAAUUACAGCAUAAGUAGGAAAACGGUGUACAAGAAGUGGGAGGGGGGUGCAGUGGAAGCGAUGGCACCUGCACGGCUAAUGGAGAACAGAAAGAGAAUCCUUUCUUGCCUGGAGUACGGUCAUGCCCUUCCCUUCCAAUCUCUUACAGUUCUAAGGAUAUAUCCCCUAACUUGGGCAUACUAAUUGCAUUAGACCCAGUCCAAUAAUAUUGUCACCACCCAGGUGCUAUUGAUCUGUUUUCGUCUUUAAUUAAUUGCUAUUUACUGCACAGUAACAGUGGUAUGCCACCAAGAACUGUUCUUCCAUCCCUGUAUUGGGAGAUGAGAGCGCUGCUUCUGACACCCCUCUUCUGCCUCGCCAGAAACCUGGGGCACAGAAACACCUUUCUGGCUGGCACUCUCGUUCCUGGAAGUAGGGAAUUUUAUGCUAGGAUGAUAAUGAAUAGCCUCGAAGCGAACGAGGGCACAAGAUGGAUUUGAUGUUUAUUUAAACUACUUCAUUUAGUUCGGAUUUUGGAAGUAUGAUGAUCAUCGUAGGAUCUGCACAGACAAGAGCUUAUUAAAACUUGCUGAAAAGCGCUUGGGACAAGUCCUUGGGGAAUUGAAAGUGAGGGCACUCUUAAAGAGCAGUGCUAAAGAGCAGACUCCCAGAGGGCAUUUGCUAAGUAUAGGCCCUGAGGGGUGUGUGUGGGCGAGGGCUUCAAGAGAACACCAGAGAAACUGAUCUUACUUCUCAAGUCUGUUCGGCAAAAAAAAUCAGCCAUUACUUGGAACUACUCACUUUUAUAUCUAACAGGCAAAGUAGGAGAGGGGUGAGAUACACAAAGCUUUUCUCUGGUGAAAGGAAAACUGAUAGAAAUUGCAGAUCUUGUACAUGUGAUGUACAUUUAUUAGAGAUAAACAUCUGGGGCGUGUGGAUGAGAGAAAGGCUAUAUUUGCUAAGUUAAAAAGUAGGAUUUCUGAAGACUUGCAGUUUUAGGGGUUUCUACCCUAUCCAGUCAGGACUGAUGCACAGUUUCGUAAGAAAACAGUCUCCAGGAAAAAAUCCUUUCAGCUUGCACGUUCCUGUCUCCUUGAGUGGCAGCUCAAGAGAGGAGGGGGAAACGCAGGCCUUGCUGGCAUCUCAGGCUGCCAGAUAACCAGGCUGUACGCAGGGUGAAGUGCCGAUGCCCUUUUUCCAAACACUGGAGCAUGAAAAUGCCUGUGACACACCCGUAAGCACGCUGCGUGAGCGACACGGCGCGGCAAACAGCAUCGCUACGGAGCCAUCUGAGUAGAGGAGUUAAGAGAGAGGCUUGGAGUAAGGGGCUUACGGGCUUGGACCUAGCAGUUCCACUGCUGGUCUGUGCUCCUCCUCACAGGCGUGACAGACAAACAGAAGCUUCUCUUGUUUGCGCCUCCCUGUGCUGCAAAUUCUAAUCAACAGUUUCUGCAUGUUUCUGACUCAGAUCUGGUGUCUUGCAGUCUUUGCCACGUAAGUGUAAACUGACGUGCGAAGGACAGAGGCAGCUCUGCGUCUGUUUUGACUGAAAGCCCGGAAUUUCCUAGUGGAACCCGUUUAAACUUAAGUGUAGACGUCACUGUCUCUCUUGACUUGCCUUAGUAUUUUCUAUUUUAACUGAAGGGUUUUUAAGAGUUUAAUGUAAGCCUAACAUAAGAGAGGUAAACCUCUUAGGCUAGCAAUACUGAGAACUUGUAAAUAACAUAGGCUUGCUUUUUGAUCUUUAUUUUCAAUUAUGAGGGUAAAGCUGUCUGGAGGUCAAACGAGGAUAGACAAGGCGCAUGCUGGACGCUCUGAAUUCCUCAUUUCUGUGGUAUCUACAGGCCACGGAAAGUUGCAGAGCAAAAGUCUUGUUGCCCAGACAGUUGCAGCUCUGGUGCUGAGCCUCUGAAGUUUGGGAGGCAGGGAUUGUGUAAGCUGUGAUUCAGCAGAACCCUGCAACUAUGGGCGCAUUAAAAUGAAGGAAUGGAAUUCAUUACAAAACAAAGGCAUUACUGCAUAUAACAUAAUUAGAGAUUAAAACAGUGCUUUUUUAUGUUUACAGGAGGUGCAGUGUUAGGUUUAGAAGGAACAGUGUUAUGUUCUCAACAGCUAUUAAAAUAUAUGAAGUAUCUGCUUUAACAUGAAGGCUUUUGUUAAUGUAAUAUCAACUCGCAGGAAGACUGGGGGAGGUUCCCCACUGCUGUGCUUUUUCUGAGAGGGGAAAAAAAAAGCUAUAAUUUGAGCUCUCCAAAGUGUUUUAAAACAAUUAUGUAACUUUGAUUUUUUUGUUGUUGUUGUUAGAAUUAUUAAUUUAUACUUUAUUACAGCUUCCAAAACCAUGUUAUAUUUUGGUUUUAACAGUAGUUGAUUCUAAUAUUAAUCUUAUUUAGAAACGAGUUUUCAUUUUGUAUUUCAUACUUGUGGCUAAUUCCUUGUUAAUUAGCCUUCAUUUAUUUUAAUCGUGGGAUGUGUAAAUACUUAUAUAGACUUUAUAUCCUCAUUCCCCCUUCCUCUCAUGUAUUUUAGUUAUUUCCAAUGGUAUAAUGUAACCAAAACACCUUUGCUGAUGUAACACCUUGGGCAGUGUCAUCGUAGCGUAGGGGGGGAAACCAAAAUAGCUUUCUUUAAAUGACCAGAAGCUCCAGCACGCGGCACGUGUGUAUGACAAAGGAGGAGAAUCGCCUUCCUCGCUGAGAAGCAAAGAGCAGGGCUCAGCCCAGAGAACUGCGCCCAGGUUAUUUGAACAUAAGCCCUGGCCCGGCAGAUGUUUGAUACCCUGAGUUUUGCCUGUGUAGUCAGGAGGCUUAUAUGCAAUGCAUAGAGUUAAGCAGGUAACCAAGUCCUUGCUGUAUCAGCGUCAAAUAUUCAGGUUUAAAAUUUGCUAUGUUAUACUUGAACUUGCCGAAGCUAGAUAAACAGGGGCUUUAUGUUAGAGCUGCCGAGCACCUCCUUUUAGCCCAAAGCCAUUUAAGAAAGUGUCGGGCUACCAGUGCGCAUUGUACGGCAAAGAACUGCCACAGGAGGAAGCGUUUGGUUGCAUCAUUUAUAUAAUGUGAGAGGGUUUUUUUAGGCUGUUUGCCUACAUAUUACAAAGUAGGCUUAGAUAACUUUGCUAUUGUUUCACUUACAGGUGGAAACUGGAAACUGCUCUCUGGGUGUUUGUGUGUGUGUGUACACAACAAGAGCGCAUGCGUAGAGAAUUCUGUACCUUUUCUCUCAUUUAACUGCUUGUGUAUUUUUACUUGACAAGUGCAUCAAUUGUUUAUAGCUCCCAAGGAGGCCUAGCAGUGCAUUUCUGUGUUGAUGCAGAUCCUUUGGCUUACAUUACAAAUAAAGGAAGUUUUAAGCAA